UCGGUGUCAUUAAAGGUCCCGUUCUUGAGAAGAAUUUGAUUUUACACAUUCGUUUUGGUUUACGGACGCUUCGGCGUGCACAUUACAUCAUGAAAGUUAUCGUGAAGAAGCUUCAAGGAAAAGAAUGCGUUGUUGACAUUACACCUUCGGAUACAGUUCUUCAGUUAAAGCACAAAGUCAGCGAUCUUUUGGGUAUAGAUGUUCCACAUCAGAGACUGUUGCUUACGGGCAAGGCAUUAGCUGAUGAAAAUCCAUUAAGUUUUUAUCCAGGAAUCAAAGAUGGAAGCAAGUUAAAUCUUUUGGUUAUUAAAAAGACAGAGGAAGGAUCUAGUGAGGGAAAGGCUUCACAUAGCAAGUCUGGCAUGUAUCUCUUACGAGAUGAAAUUUCUAGAGUUCUGAGGCAUUAUUAUACAGAAUCAGAAACAGAGUCAAUAAUCAAUGAGUUGAUAAAAGACCUAAAGAAUAAAGUGAAUAAUCUUAGUUAUGAUGACUUAGAAAGAUUAGCAACUGCACUUCUUCAGGACCAAGAGAAUAUAGCUUAAGAAUAAACUUCGGUUUUUCAAUUUCUCACUUAUUAUUUGAUUAUUGUAAUACACUUUUAUUUAAUUAAAAAAUGUUGCCUCAUUGUACCCUAAUAACCAGUAGUAUAUUUUAAGUAAAGGGAAAGGUGUGCAAAAAAUAAUACAAAUGUAUUAAAAGGUCGAUUUUAUUAAAUCAUACACAAAGUAAAUAAUUUAAAUUGCACUUCAAUAAAAAUUAGAUAGUUUUAAGGAUCGGCCAAAUCCAAUUGACGGAAAUAUCUCGCAACUAGACAUAUAAAUAAAUUCAGUGCUCCUAUUUCAUGUAUUUCCAGUUUCUUCUAAAAAAAUAAACGAAAAAAAAGAAUAAAAAAGUAGACAUAAUUAAAAUUCACAAGAAAUGACCCAACUUCGGAUUAUUGAUUUUUACGAAAUUUUUAGAACAAGUUAUUUUUCGUUUUGCAUUUUUUGGUAACAUUAGAAAAAUACAAUAGAAAAAUAAAUAAUUUUUUAUUUAAAUUUAUUAAUAAAUGCAAAAUAUAAAAUAGUUUGUUAGAAAUUUAAAUUCGAAAUCAAAUUAUUAAUUUUUACAAAUAAAUUUCAUUUAACGCAUAUGGAAAUUUAAUUUAAAUCAGAAUUCCGAAGUUGGAAUCUUCUGCUUGUUAAAUGGUAAAUUAAUUACAAAAAAAAUCUGUAAACAAUUUUUAUGUUUCAUUUUAAUACAAAUGAUAAAUUUUCUUUUUGAACUAUUAUUUUAAUUUACUUCCUGAUUAAUGUCAAUAACAAAUUUAAUAUACAAAUAUGCAAUAAAAUUGAUUUAUUAAAAAAUAAAAAA